GAGCUGGAGGAGAGGGCUGCUCCCGAGAAGGACGCGCAGGGCAAGGAGGGACUGCUGAAGGGGUACAGCUCCGAGAGCCUGGAGCAGGGCGGCGCCAUUCCCGACGCCAAGGACAAGACGCCGGGCCGGCAGCGCCGCUUCACGGGCGACUCGGGCAUCGAGGUCUGCGUCUGCAACCGGGGCCACCACGACGACGACCUCAAGGAGCUGGACGGGCUCAUCGACGACGCGCUGGAUGGGCCCCUGGACUUCUGCGACAGCUGCAGCGGCCGCCCGCACGGGGACGAGGAGGAAGGGCUUUUUAGCGCCUCGGAGGAGCAGCACCGCGAACACAGCCACCACCACCUGCCCCGGCAGCCGAUGUGCGUACUCUUGAACACAAUAAACGAGCAGGACUCUCCAAACUCUCGUACCAAUAACUCCCCCAGCUAAGGUGGCAGAGCGCAAGGGAGAAUCUGGGGAAAA